AUGGUUAGGCCACCAAGACAAAUGAUCGAGAAAACGGCUAUUCUGGUUAUCGUAUUAGAGGGAAGGGUGUACGCACAUAACAAUAUCGAGAAGCGAAAUCUUGACUCGAAACCGACCGACUGUAAUGUUGCAGAUUCGAUAACACGUAUCAUUAAUAUUAUGCAAGAGAAUUUAGUGUUUAUGGGAUUUCAGGCUUUUCAAUUUCUUUUUUGUGUAAAUGCGAUUUACAAUCAAAAUACAAUACAAAUGAUCGCGAUUGCGGUCAUUAAUUAUGUUUGUGCUCUUCUUGGAAUAGGGCAAAUCUUUGAAACAUUGAGAUGGCGUAAGCAACUCAAAGACAAUAUUGAUGCUGCCAGAGCAUCAUGCACACCGGAGCAACGAAAUCUGCCUGAUGCUGACAUAAUAUCGUUUGAAGUGCCAUUGGUUGCUGUGCUAUUAAUAUUUGGUACCGCAUUGGGAUUCUUGGCGUUCAAGCUGUAUCAACAAUUUGGAUGGAACAUUUAUAAGAGAAUUGGCGCAGAUUUACGAACACAAUGUAAGCAUCGUAAUUGUUUUUUAACGAUGCUGAUUUUCGUCAUGUUACUUAAACUCGACAUCUUCUUCAUGUUGGCAUUUUCGAUUCUGGCAUUGAUCGUGUUAAACAUUAAGAGUGAUGAUCCGGAUCGAAGAUUACAGUCAGGAGCUUAUUAUUUUCACUUGGGACUAACAAUUUUGAUUGUUAUAAUGCAAUUCCUUGCUUAUGUUUCUUUGAGAAAAGAAUGGGCAGCUGGAAUGGCUAUCUUCACUCUAUUCUGUAUCAUUAGUAUUAUUGAUUAUAUCAUUCUGUUGACAAAAUCUAUAACUUCGAGCGUGCAAACGACGUGGUACUUUUGGGUAUUUUUCAUCAUUGGGAGCUGUAUAUUAACUGGGGUAACUGCGAUAUGGUCGGUCCUAGUAAUGCGCAAUUUCAAUCAAGGGCUGAAAGAACUCUUAUAUAAAGGAAAACAAGACGAAAAUCCACAUAGCGAUCUCUCCAUGUCAGACGCAGGCACCAAUGCUGGACGACGAUGGGCAAUCGAAGAUGAUGAUGAUUAA